AGCAACCCCUGUCUGUCGCUGCCGCUGUCGCCUUGGCCGCCUUGGCCCGGACUCGCCCAGAGCGCAGGGUGUGUGCCCCACUGCGCGUGGAGCGCGGAGGCUCCUCCAGCCCCAGCUCCUCGCCCCGGCCCGCGCGCGCGGGUCCCGGAGGGCGCCGACCCCACCAUGCAGCUGCAGUUCCGGAGCUGGAUGCUGGCCGCGCUCACGCUGCUUGUGGUCUUCCUCAUCUUCGCAGACAUUUCGGAGAUCGAAGAAGAAAUCGGGAAUUCUGGAGGCAGAGGUACAAUCAGAUCAGCUGUGAACAGCUUACAUAGCAAAUCUAAUAGAGCUGAGGUCGUAAUAAAUGGGUCUUCACUGCCAGCUGUUGUUGACAGAAGUAAUGAGAGCAUUAAACACGGCAUCCAGCCGGCUUCAUCCAAAUGGAGACACAACCAGACGCUCUCUCUGAGGAUCAGGAAGCAGAUUUUAAAGUUCUUGGAUGCGGAGAAGGAUAUUUCCGUCCUUAAGGGGACCCUGAAGCCCGGAGACAUCAUCCAUUAUAUCUUUGAUCGAGACAGCACAAUGAACGUUUCCCAGAACCUCUACGAACUCCUUCCCAGAACCUCACCCCUGAAGAAUAAGCAUUUUCAGACUUGUGCCAUCGUGGGCAACUCGGGGGUGUUGCUGAACAGCGGCUGUGGGCAGGAGAUUGACACACACAGCUUCGUCAUAAGGUGCAACCUGGCUCCAGUUCAGGAGUAUGCCCGGGACGUGGGCCUCAAGACAGACCUAGUGACUAUGAACCCCUCAGUCAUCCAGCGGGCCUUUGAGGACCUGGUGAAUGCCACGUGGCGGGAGAAGCUGCUGCAGCGGCUGCAUGGCCUCAACGGCAGCAUCCUGUGGAUCCCUGCCUUUAUGGCCCGGGGUGGCAAAGAACGUGUGGAGUGGGUCAACGCUCUCAUCCUGAAGCAUCACGUCAACGUCCGCACGGCCUACCCUUCCCUGCGCCUGCUGCAUGCGGUCCGAGGAUAUUGGCUGACCAACAAAGUUCACAUAAAAAGACCAACUACUGGCCUCUUGAUGUACACCCUGGCCACACGCUUCUGCAAUCAGAUCUACCUCUAUGGCUUCUGGCCCUUUCCACUGGAUCAGAAUCAGAACCCCGUCAAGUACCACUAUUAUGACAGCCUCAAGUACGGCUACACCUCCCAGGCCAGCCCCCACACCAUGCCCUUGGAAUUCAAGGCCCUCAAGAGCCUGCAUGAGCAGGGAGCAUUGAAACUGACGGUGGGCCAGUGUGACGGGGCUACGUAAGGAUGGCAGCCCGUGGGACUCAGUGGCUCACUUUCCUGCCGGCUACACCAGAGGCAGAUGGGAGUCAGGGCGGCACAAACAAUAGAAGAUGCAGGCUAGUGGUUUCCUUUGUUAGAGUGUAAAACAGUGACCAGAAUAUAUAUAUCUAUACCUGCAUAUAUAUAUUGACCUGAGUAUUUAUAACUGUGUGGUGUUCAUCUAGCGUUAGGCAGAUAAGCCACAGGAAGAAGGUGUGGAGAACCCACCUGGACCAGAUGGAGACUCAGUCCACCUUUGGGGGCAGAAGGACUUGACAGGCCAAGAAGCCAGUCCCAUGACUUUGGAUAACAACCCGCCUCCUGGGUUGGAUGGAUCUCUGGGCUCAUGGAUGGAUGGAUAGCCACCUGUUGUCAGCUUCCCCGAACCUCUGAGUGAUGUGGAUUCUGGGUAGCCCAGACCCAGAGAGGACAGUUUGAACCAGUCUAAAGAGGUGCGGUUCAUGGAGGAGAGACUUGGAAAGUUCCGCUGGGCAAAGAGGCACAAGGAGACCAAACAUCGGAGGUCACAACAGAGCUGAGGACCUUGUUCAGGAACUGGAGAGUGCAAGUGCCCAAACUACACAUGGGCAGCGCCUGUGUCCCAGAGAGGCCUUCCCAGCUACGGAGACAGGCUGGAGGAAACCCACUCCACAGCCCCAUACCCGGGUUAGACAAGGACCACCCAGGACUUAGUGGGGUGGAUCAGCAGAUGGCCCUAUACAGGUAGAGUGUUAUAAAUCAUGGUUUUAGAAGCUUGAGACCUUCCAGGGGUACUCCACCUCAGAAAAGAACAAAAGAGUGUCCAAAAUAUGGUCGU